CUACAGCUGCUGGGCGUGGUCCACGUUGAGCUGUGCUGUUCUGGCGUAUCUGGGGAUUCCCAAAGAAAGCGAGGAAACCAAGGCCUGAGCUUCUGGGGUGGUGGGCAGGGGCGGGGGAGCGGAAGGAAACAGAUCAUGGAAAGGAACAACAUCAUUGAUUUCAAGGCUUUGGAGAAAGAGCUGCAGGCUGCACUCGCUGCUGAUGAGAAAUACAAACGGGAGAAUGCUGCCAAGUUACGGGCAGUGGAACAGAAGGUGGCUUCCUAUGAGGAGUUCAGGGGUAUUGUCCUUGCAUCACAUCUGAAGCCACUGGAGCGGAAAGACAAGAUAGGAGGAAAGAGGACUGUGCCCUGGAACUGUCACACUACUGAGAGAGGGACCUCCCAGGAGGAGGCCACUGAAAUCUCCCAGGAGAAAACACUUCUCCAGCCCGAGACCUCCGCAGAGUUCUACCGUGCUUGGCGGCGACACCUGCGGAGUGGGACAGAGCGCUACCAGGCCCUGCUGCAGCUCGGAGGUUCAAAGCUGGGUCACCUCUUCCAGAUGGACGUGGGGUUCGGACUUCUAGGGGAGCUGCUGGUGGCACUGGCCGAACACGUGAGGCCAACCGACCGGUUGGUGGUGCUAGGGAUCCUGCGCAGCCUGGCCAGCACCAGGCGCUUCACCCUGAACCUGAGCCUGCUGAGCCAGGUGGAGAGAGAGGCCUGCAGAGGCCUGUUUCAGAAGCUGCAGGCCAUGAGUACUCUCAGACCCACAGAGGAGGAGGAGGGGCUCGGCCAGGAGGAGGAGCGGGGUCUGGAGGAGCAGCCUGGUGAGAUCCAGGAGGAGGAAAGGCUUUUGCAAGAGUUGCUGGGGGUGUACCAGGUGGAUUGACCGGACCAGUUGCCUCCAGAGCCCCCCAGUGGUCACUGGAGGCUUUUUCUGCUUGUUGUCCUGGGGGCUCUGCAGGACUGUAAUGAGAAGCCCACACCUGAUUUCCUUCUCAGCUUGGAAUUUUCAGAGCAAAUAAAAGAAUCGAAUCUUCCUGA